CGUCCAUGCCCGGCCUCUCCCUGGACCUGCCCUCGCGCGCCUCCGGCUCGCUCGCCCCGUCCAAUCGUGCCCCCCUCUCCCCCAAACUCGACUCCUCCCACAUCUACGGCUCACCGGGCUCUGUCCUGCCCCGUCGCUCCCGUGGCCUCGACUUCUCCCGCGCCUGCACCAACCUCCACCACUCGACACUGGCCGAGGCGUCGCCCGACUCGUCUCCGACUAUUGGCGGCCGCGGCGUGAACAUCCCCCAGCGCCGCGGAUCGCCGGGCUCGACCUCCGGCCUGCAGUUCUCCACCUCCAACCCCGCCGACCGCGCGACCAUCUCCAGCUCCGUCUCGAGCAUCAACAUGCUGGAAUCGGAUACAAGUAGCAGUGACGAGGACGACGAGGCGAUGAUGGGCGAUCGCGACGACAUGAUGAUCACGAAUACCCCGCAGGCCAAGCGGCUGGGCGGCGGGAUGAGUCCGUUCGCGGUGGGCAACGUGUCGAGCCCGGGGAACGAGUGGAUGGGCGGCUACUCGCAGGCCGCGGCCAGUCUGAUGAGCUUCCAGCGGGCUCGGUUCCGCAAGGGCCGCAGCAGGCACAGCUCCAGCAGCGGCAACAGUUCCAAGCAGAGCCCCGCCCCGCUGUCCCCGCCCGUGAUGAAGAGCAUCGAGAACCAGAGCGGAGGCUAUUUUGGGCCUCGACGGGGGAGUCUCAGUCUGGGAACGAGGGACUUGCGCCUGUCGGAUGUCAGUGACGAAGGCGAGAGCCGUACUCGUGCGCAGAGCCCGAGCACGUCGAACUCCGAGGGCGGGCCUCUGGGGGUGAUCCGACGCGCGGUGACUCGACGGGGUAGCUUGCUGCCUAAAACGAAGACGUUCGCGCGAAUCCGGGCGGCGUUGAUGGAAGAGUCCGCCCCGAUUGACUGCGAAGCCAAGCGGGAGGCCGAGGUCAUCCGGCAGGUGAAGGAGAGCGAGCCCGACCAGCCGAAUUCACCUCUCGGCGCGCUGUCAUCGCUCGAGACAUCAACCCCCGACACUGGCCGUCCUACCGAGGAAAUUGCUGGAAAGAACGACAUGACCACACCCGACGAGCCGAAAUUCAUCGACCAGGCGAACCGGAAUUCCGGCGGCGUCGAGUUCUGGAACUCGUUCGAUGAACGCUACCGCACUCCGCCGCCACCACCGCGCCGUCACGGCGCCUCAUCCGUCUCCGAAGACGAUCUCGCCAUGGACUUCACCCCGUCCACGACCGUGGGAUCGCACACGGAAUUCGCCAAACCGAGCGAACGCCCCGGCUCCCGUAGCGAGACCUCGCAGGCCCACGCGGGACUACUCAGCGAGUUCAAGCGCAAGCGCCGCCGGGACGACGACUUCGACCCGAAUCUGUUCAAGCGGCGGGCGGUUUCGCCUAGCAUGAGCGUGCAGAGCAGUCCCAACAUGCCCAACUCGCCGGUCGUCAAGGACACCAGCCCGAGCAUCUGGGGGGCGCCGCGGUCGAACCUGGGGUCGCUGUUCCCGGACCGGCCGGUCGAGAGCGGGUCUCGCAGUGGGAAUGGCCAUACUCAUGGCAAUAACCAUAACCAUAAUCACACGGGGAACCAUACCGGGACGCUGAAGCGGGUCGGACUGCAGGGGAUGACAGAAACAAACGACGGGUUCAUGAACAUGAGUAUUGAAUAGCGGGUGGCGAUGGGUAUUGGGAUUGGUGUUAGCGGGUUGGCGUUCUGGUAUAUUGUGCUAG